AUGCCACGCCGUGACGCCCCGAGGCUGCCUCAGCCACCGCGCAGCCAGCCCGCAGCCAGCCCGCCGCCUGCGCCCACGAACGACACCAUGGCCGUCGCCCCAGCUCUCGCGACCGCCCGCUUCGUCCACGCCGCCCAUGCCCUCCGCGGCGUCGCAGUGCUCGCGCCCUGGCUCGCCUACCUGCUGGGCGUCGACCUGCUGCUGUCGCUGCUGCUGCCGCUGAAGACCCUCGCCCCCACCCCCGUCUACAACCUCUCGUCCGUCCUCGCCGGCGGCGUGUGGGCCUGGAUCCAGAACAUCUUCACCCACGUCAACCAUGCCGACAUCGUGCUGAGCACCAGCUGCCCCGCCGGCCUGCCGCGCGGCGAGUCGGCUGUCGUCAUCGCCAACCACGUCGCCUGGGCCGACUUCUACAUGAUCCAGGAAGCCGCGCGCCGCACGGGCAUGCUGGGCCGGUGUCGCUGGUUUGCGAAACGCAGCCUGCGCUGGGUGCCGUUCCUGGGCUGGGGCCUGUGGGCCAUGGGCAUGCCCCUGGUCAGUCGCAGCUGGGCGACUGACCGCGCCGAGCUGGAGAGGGUCUUUCGAGGCAUUGUGUCCAACCGCUGGCCCGUCUGGCUCAUCGCCUACAGCGAAGGCACGCGCUUCACGCCCGCCCGCCACUCCGCCGCGGUCUCGUACCGCGCCACGACGGGCAAGCCCCCGCCGCCCUCGCCGUACCUGCUGGUGCCCCGCCCCCGCGGCUUCGUCGCCACGGUGACUGCGCUGCGCCGCGGCGGUGCCGACAUCGUCAACAGCAGAAGCAGCAGCAGCAACAGCCCCAACAACAUCACGCACAUCCCCGCCGUCCUCGACUUCACCAUCGCGUACGCCCGCCACGGGAAGUUCAUGGCCGCGCCGUCCUUUUGGGACACGGUCGCGCGGCCCGAUUUGGGGGAGGCCGGGUAUCGGUUCUAUGUCCACGUGAGGAGGUGGGAGAUGGCGGAGCUGCCGGAGGGGGAGGAGGCGUUGGCGGGGUGGUUGGAGGAGAGGUGGGUGGAGAAGGGGAGGAGGCUGGAGAGGCUGAGGGAAGUGCUUGAGGAGGGGGAGGGGGAUUCGGGGGACUGGGGGGAUUGGGGGGAGGUUCGGGAUGGGAGAUGGGAGGGGAAAGAGAAGGAGAAGGGCGAGUGA